UUGUUUGCAAUUGCGGAAAGCGGUUUGCGAGGCACGAGACACGGCGAUAGUUUUUAAUAGAAGAAGCAGCAAUAAAAAAAUAAUACAAAAAAGCAAAAAAACAAAUAAAAAGAAAGAAAAAGAAAACAGCAGAAAAGAGUGCAGAUGCAGGAAUAAGCCGAAUGAAUAGUUCGCAGCCAGCGGAGCAAUAGUUUAUUGAGGAAUAAUCCACGAGUCGGCGCCCAAAAGAAACAACUGAAUUCUGAAUUACCAGCCCAGGCAAAAUGUGUUCAUAAAGCAGUACAAUGUAAACUUAAAAGCAAACUUAAGCGCAAGGAUAACAAUUAAAUCACACCUACUCUCAACUACUGUUCCAAUGGAUUCUGGCGAAUUUUCCGCAUUUCCCCGAAUUUCCGUAGCACCAAAGGAUAUCGCUUGCUCAUAACUUGGAUCGGAUUUUGAUGCAUUUUAAUCCUGCUACGAUUGCAAUUCAUAAGGCGUUUGGGGAAACGUUGUGAAUAUUAGAGUGAAUACUAGCAUUGAAUUUAACAUCAUUGCCGUCGUUGAUUUUCCGAGUGAUGAAUGCAUCCGAAUCCCAGCUGAAACCGGAUGCCAUCGAAAGCCUAGCCACAGUCCCAGUCACGAACGCAAAACCACUGCCACAGAGACACCCAGCAGAAUCCAGAUCCCAGGAGCGAUCCAAAUGAAAACGAUGAUAGAGCUGAAAUUGAAGUGGAGAAUGUGUGGUUAAAGCGGUGGAGCUAAUUCCCAUUCUCGAUAUGUUUUAGAACUGCAAAUCAAUUCAAUAAAGCACAGGACACAGAAUACAGGAUACAGGAUACAGAUACAGCUAAAGAUACAGCUAAAGAUACAGAUACAGAAACAGCUACUGAUAUUGUUACUGAUACUGAGAUACUGAGAUACUCAGAUAGUGAGAUACUGAGCUACUGAGCUAAUGAUACUACUGGAGCGAAGUUAACUAAUGCAAACAGAUAGUUUUAAGUACCAUAUGAAGAGGGCAGUUUUCUAUAAAUUAUUACCGCGAGGAAUUAGGAGAGAAAACUAAGACUUAGAAGUGGGGCUGGAUUGGACAACUUCACUUUUAAUCACAAUAUCGCAGCCGCCGUCAUGUGGAUAAACAUCGCCAAUUUAAUCCUCAUCAUUGCUCAGCUGUGCGUUUUCGUCACAUCUGCCGGGGAAGCAGAUUACACACUAGAUGAUUCAUUUUGGAACGAAGAAAGUCCUGUUGGAGAAGUGGAACGUUUACUUAAGGAGUACAGGCAAAACCAAGAGCUUGUCCGUCGCAUUGGUGGUCACUACUACCAAAUUAUAUAUCCAGUGCAGCUGCGCCAUCACGAGAAGAUGGGCAUAUCCACGCGCGAAGUCAGUCUCCCAAAGCCGGGACAAAGACCUCGACCUCAUGACGACAGCGGAUUUAACAGGGGAAGAACAAAGAAACACUUCCAUCGCACAUCGCUGCUGAUUAAAGCAUUUAACCACAAAUUCCGCUUGGACUUGGAGCUCAAUUCACAACUUCUUUCGCCAAACAUACAGCAGAAACACUACCACGUGGGCGGUUAUCUGGUGGAUGGCAAUCGACAUGAUAUCGAGCACUGCUACUACCACGGCACCGUGAAGGAUUAUCCCGGAGCCAGUGCAGCAUUCCACACGUGCAACGGCGUCAGUGGCGUCAUCCACAUCGGCAACGAGACCUUCGUCAUUCAUCCGUUCUACGGUGGCGAUCUGUCCAAACAUCCACAUGUCAUCUUUGAGGCGCGCACAAAGGCGAACAAAGGGUGCGCCAACUCGGGCAAUCUGGACUCGUGGCGUCUGUCGCGGCGCACAAAGCACUUGUCCGCCGGAGUUGCCGGCGUUGUGGAGGAGAUCCUCCAGGCGGGCGUGGGUCGCAACAAGCGGGAUGUGCGGGAGGCGACCAAGUACAUUGAGACGGCCAUCAUCGUUGACAAGGCGAUGUUCGAUAAGCGCAAUGGCAGCACUCGGGCGGAGGUCAUUCACGAUGCCAUUCAGGUGGCCAACAUAGCCGAUCUGUACUUUCGCACGCUGAACACACGCGUCUCGGUUGUCUACAUCGAGACGUGGGGCAAAAACCAGGCGGUCAUCGAUGGCAGCAAGGAUAUCAGCAAGGCGAUAUCCAACUUCAACGACUACACCUCCCGCAAUCUCUUCCAAAUCGAGCGAGACACCACGCAGCUGCUCACCGGCGAAACAUUUGCGGGCGGCGAGGCUGGCAUGGCUGUGCCCGAAACUGUUUGCACGCCCCGUGCUGUGGGCAUCAGCGUGGAUGUGAAUGUGUAUGAGCCGCACCUUUUGGCCGGCACAAUGGCCCACAUGAUUGGCCAUAACAUCGGCAUGGGACACGACGACGGACGCGAGGAGUGCUUUUGCCGUGACUGGCACGGUUGCAUCAUGGCCCAGUCGAUUGUGGGCCAGGAGAAUGUCCAGCCAUACAAAUUUUCCGAGUGCAGUAAAAAAGAUUACAUUGACGCAUUGCGGACUGGCCACGGACUGUGUUUGCUCAACAAGCCAAAUGAGAUUGAGUUACGUCGCAACUGCGGCAACAAGGUGGUCGAGGAGGACGAGGAGUGCGACUGUGGAACCUUCGAGGAGUGUGCUCUGGAUCCGUGCUGUGAUGGCAUAACGUGCAAGUUGAAGUCCGAGGCCCAGUGUGCCAGUGGUGCCUGCUGUGACCAGUGUCGCUUGCGGCCAAAGGAUUACAUUUGCCGUGACUCCAACAACGAGUGCGAUCUGCCCGAGUACUGCGAUGGCGAGAUUGGCCAAUGUCCGUCGGAUGUCUUCAAGAAGAACGGCUCUCCGUGCGGCCUCAGCAAGACUGGCAUCUCAGGUUACUGCUUCCAAGGCUACUGCCCCACGCUGAGUCUGCAGUGCGAGGCCAUUUGGGGCUAUGGCGGCUCUGCUGCGGAUCGUCAGUGCUACGAGCAGUUCAAUUCCAAGGGCUCCAUCAACGGGCAUUGCGGUCGCGAUGCCAACGAACACUACAUUAAGUGCGAACCAGAGAACGUCCAGUGCGGAACCCUGCAGUGCAAGGAUGGGGAACGGCAGCCAGUGAACGAUGGCAUCGAUCAGCUGUACUCGAGAACCAUCAUUUCGAUCAAGGGUCAGGAGUUCGAGUGCAAGGCGACCAGCGGGCAGGUGGGUUCCAAUAGCUAUCCGGAGCACGGCCUGGUCAAGGACGGUACUCCGUGCGGUGAUAAUCUCAUUUGCCUCAACCAGACGUGCGUCAGUCUCUUCCCCCACGUGGACCAGACCAAGUGCCCAGCCAAUUCGCAGGGUCUAGAGUGCUCCGAACACGGCGUCUGCACCAAUACGAACCGCUGUUUCUGCGACAUGGGAUGGGGCGGCAACGACUGCAGCUCCGUCGUGCUGCUCACCACAGCACUGCCAACCGAAGCACUGCCCACGCCGGAGAACACCAUCAAGAUGGAGAAGAAAGAAACCCCAUAUGAGAACUACCACGGCUCAAAUACAGUGUUCCUAGUCGGUGUUCUAAUGUCAGUUGUAGGGUUCGUUUUUAUAACAUUCACCUUGAUGGCAUUGUGCUACAGGUCAGUUGUAGUACAUAGAAACUUCUCCCUGUGUCUAAGGCGAAAGACCACCACACUGAAGUACGACCCGCCCUAUUCGAAGAAACCAAUUGCCAAGAGCUACGGCGGAGCGGCGACGGCGCCCAACCAUCACUCCGUGGAAGAGGUCUCCUUGGACGGAUCCAGCAAGUUAGUCUAUGCCAAUCAGACUGGCUUCAGGGACAAGGGAAUCCAUGGACGACGCUACACGACAUGUGGCGAGGACGACCAGUCACAUGCAGAGAAGGGUAUAUUAAAGAAGCACGGCUACGGUCUGGUGCACGGUGAGCAGCUAAAAGACAAAUGGGGCGAUGACAAUCAGUCCGAUAACCUCGAGCUUAUAACCCAAGACGGCACCCUGGCGUCGACGAGCGGCGGUGCGGCUGCCUCCGAGGUGGAGCGCACAUUGAAAUCCCUCAAUGGUUAUCAUGAGGACAUCUUGGAGGCGCUGCGAAAUGCGGCCACGCACCGGGGAACCGGAACCGGAAACACGCCCGUCGGCAGCGGCAGCCUGAGCGAGGAGAUGCUGCGCAAGACGCUGCAGGAUUGCAACAACUCGCAGCUGGGCUACUCGGCGGAGCAGUACAAGCGUAACAUUGGCUCCAAGUCCAGUUCGCGGGAGAACAUCUGCGACAAUGCCGCCGUCCAUGCGAUCAUCCUCGAUGGCAGCGGCGGCGGACUCGGCGGCAUGGGACUGGGCUCAAGCGUGGGAGCCGGCGGCGGCGGAUCCACGUCCAUGUCGGGUGGCAUGCCUGGCCAUGGCGGCACCAUGCUCCAUCACCAUCGAUCGCAGCAUCAGCUGCAUCAGCCGUCGACGGUGGCGCUGCAGCCGCAGCAGCUGGAUGACGAUGAUGCACCGUCGACGGGACCGCUGCGUAUACGCAAUCUGGAGGAUCUGAUCAGGCAGCUAGAGCACCACUCGUCCCGUCACAUGAGUCCCAGCGGAUCCGAGGAUAUACGAAUGUCGGAAACAGAGGCCGAUCGACACUAUAGAUUAGAAAGUUCCGCAGCUUGUAGUGAGUCAUCUCAAGGCUCCAAUCAGCAAAUACCACAAUCUCAGAAAACCGCUACAAUUCAUGCGUCUUACAGCAGAAGCUGUCGUCCCCGUUCCGAUGAGGAGUCCCGAUUCACAUUCGGCGGCGGACGCUACCGACAGCCGGCAUCAUCUGGACGCCAUGCGCCGCACCAGUCGCACUCACCCCACGCAUUCGGACACCAUACGCACCACUCCCAUGCCCAUGGACAUGCCACGCACGGUCCACACUCGUCCCAUCACUCAUCGCACACCCAUUUGCAGCAGGAGGACGAGGGCAUCUACGAGACCGCUGACCACCACGAGCGCCAGGUGGUCGACGCUCGACUCGACUGCCACGAGACACCAGAUAGCGAGAGUGAUGACUUUAUUCAAGCUCAACAACAGUUAGCCCGGUGGGCGAGUGAGGAUGUGGUAUCCGUCGUGGUAUUGGACCAGCCGCCAUCCGGUACAAUGUCGGAUUCCCAACCAUACAUCGACGUCGGACCCAUUUCGGGGGCUAUAGCGCAGCAGCAGCAGCAGCAGCAUCCGCAUCAGCAGCAUCCACAUCAGCAUCACGGCGAUCAUCAUCAGUCCUCCGCAGCGGCAGCGGUAUCGGGAUCGGGAUCGGGAGUGGCAGCGGCGACAUCGGUGGCCAACAGUUCUAUAAUGGCUUUGCCAAUCGUCCCAAAUGGUAUAAGUGUAAGUCAGAGGGACUACUAUCCAUCCCCGCCCUCAACGGAAACGGAAAGCAGUGGAAGUGUUAUCCAGCCGCCCAUUCGUCGCGGUUUGCAAUCGGCGGCAGCAGCAGCAGCGGCGGCAGACACGGCGGCACUAAGUCAGCAGCAGCAAUUGCAGCUCCUUCAGCUGCCAAUUUAUCAACAGCAUCCGCAUCAGCAUCCGCAUCAGCAUCAUCAUCAGCAGCAAUCAGGCGAUACCAGCAGCAGCAACAACAGUCAGUCCGAACAAAUCAUCGAGAAUGGCUGCUACCCGGAAUAUAAGCAUUGAUAUUGUUAUCUACAUGGUAGAGAAGAUCAUUCCCAUGGUCCAUGUGAUCCAUGUGAUCUAUGUGAUCCAUACCGCAUCAGAAAUCGCGCAUAGAUCAACAAUCAGCCACGCCCACUCCACUCCACUCACAUGUGCCCGGAGCCAGCGCGCAGCUAGCUUUCUCUCUAAAUAAAUGAAAUUUGUAUCGACCUUUAUGAUUACUUUAGCAUAGUUACCAAUACGUUGCUCGUGUAUAAGCACAUAAAUAAAUGAAUUUAGCCCUAAGUAGUUAAGUAAAUAAAUGUAAAUGUGAAGACGACAGGCAGACAGCAGACAAAAACCAAACCAAACUAGUUAACGUAAAAUGGAGCGGAGUUAGGCAAAGGACAUAAAAAUUAGCACACAAAUUGAAAUGGAAAAUGGUAAAUGAAUAAUGGAAAAUGGAAAAUGAAAAAUGGAAAAUGAAUAUGGAAAAACCAAACUUAACAAGCAACAAAAAAUGUGUAUUCUUAUGUGUGAGUGGUAAAUAAAUAGCCAUACUUUAUUCAUAGAUUAAUGACAAUUAUUAAGUGAGUGCAUCCCAAUUUAUAUUCAUAGUCGUAUAAUUGUAUACGUAUAAUGAUGAGACACAACCGAAAGCAAAAGCAAAAAGCAAAAAAAAAACAAAACCCAACACCCAAACCGAAAACCACAGCAACAGCAUUAGCGAAAUAAAUAAUUAAAAAUUGGGAAAUAUUUACAUAUUUUUUGCAUACCUCGGACCAAGCAAUGCCAACGUUCGAGUAGGAAAAUCUUUCAAAAAAAAAAACCAUAAAACAAAAACCGUAAACAGAAAAGAGAAAAGAGAAAACUACAAAAAAAGAAAAUAAACAAAUAACAAAACACAAAAAUAAAUAAACACAAAACGCAGCUGUAAAUAUGAAAAUUAAUAUUUAUGCUAGUUAGUAAAUUAUACGAUCCUUUGCUGGACGUGUAGAGAACUUGAACAUUUCGAUGGUCACGGAUAAGCGGCAGGAAAAAUACAAUUGUGCACUGGGCCCAGCCCGGGCUUUAAAAAAAACCCCCUUAUUGGGGCAAUCUUACACCGACUGAUAGAAAAUUUUGGGCUAUAUUGCCAGUUCUCGUUCAAUAAUCUUAAAAACAAAAAACAAAAAAAAACCAAAGAAGACAAAAAACAAAAAACGAAAAAAAACCAAGUGGAAGGAAUAACAAAAAAGC